GCUACAGAAAAUGUUCGGGUUCACUGUAUCUCGGGAUAUCAUACACGAUAAUAGCCAGUGGUGCAUAUCCCAGACAUGAAAAUUCAAAUCAACGGCCACAAAUGACUCCCGCCUUCAAUUUCGUCCUGCAAAACCCAGUUCUGACCGCCUCGCCUUGCCUUCUCCCAGCAGGCAAGCACUUCCGGCUUAGGGCGGGUCCAAAAGUUAAUUUUCGCAGAAUACCAUACCCAAUCAUUCUAGUCUGUUAUUCGAACGCUUUGAAACGCAAGGAAAGCUACUCCACCGUAAUCAGACGUACUAUUUGGACCCGCCCUUAGCUUGUUCCUCUGGUUAUUCCUCAAGUGCUGUUGAUCAGUAGCAGGCUGGUUUCCUGAUCUUCGCUUGCUUUCUUUCUUUGAUUUUCGCUUCUAGCCAACCCCCCACCUCCCCCCGUGUCAUGGCGGAUAUAUUUGAGCAAGAGGAGGAGGCGAUGACUGCAGAGGAGUACGAGGAGAGAGUCGAGGAGGCGCUCGCCGUACUCGGAGCGGACGAUCCUGACAAGUGCACAUAUGACAUGGGCUACCGUAAGCGGCAGGCUCUCUAUUCCUGCCUUACGUGCGUGCCUCCGCCCAAAAUUCCAACUCUGCCGAAGGAGACCGAGGGAAGUGAAGGAGAAAGAGGAGCAAGCAGUCGAGUGGACCUAAAAGACAUAUUGUCGGGUGAUUGGAAUCCAGCAGGAAUCUGCACUGCAUGCUCGUUGAAGUGCCAUGAUGGCCAUGAGCUUGUGGAGCUCUACACGAAGCGUCGAUUCUGCUGUGACUGCGGCACAUCCAAGUUCCAGGGGUCAGUUGCUCCGUCAUGCCAGCUCCAGCCUGAGAAAGAGCCUUUGAACGAGCGCAACGAGUACAGCCAGAACUAUGCGGGUGUAUAUUGCAACUGUCGGCGGCCGUUUCCUGAUCCAGAGGCUGAGGCUCGAGGGGAAGAUGAGGACAUGACUCAGUGUAUCGUGUGUGAAGAUUGGUUCCAUGACCACCAUCUAGGCCUUGAGCCUGGGUUUGAGGCCCCCGAGCAUUUCACCGACCUGAUAUGUGGCCACUGUGCUUCCACCAAGUGCCGAUUUUUUAAGCUUUAUCCUCACCUCCUGGUGGCUCCAGAGAGUGUUAGUGAUGCUCCUUCAGAUGGGGAUGGCAACAAGCCUAAAGCAGUAACCAAUGAGAGCGAUGAUGUCAACGGGGAUGACGGUCCAGGCAGUGGAGUGUGUGGUGAUGUCUCAGAGGCGGCAUGCGGACAUCAAGCAGCAGAAGUUGUUGACGCUGCAAUAUCCAAACAACCUGGUUUGCCUAAUGGAGGUGGUCCUGACGUAUCUGCUGGUCUCGGGUCGGCGGUGGCACACAGUGAAGCAGACUGCAAGCUUGCCUCUGCUUUGGGAGGGCAAACUAUAGGCUCCGCUUUCAAGAGGGCGAUCGGUGAAUCAACAAGCACGGCUAAUGUGGAACACCCGCUCGCGGAUCGGGAUGUUGCUGAUUGUUCAAGCAAUGUUGUUGCAGACGCCAAAGCCAUUGCAGACCUGGCCAAAGCGGAAUUUGGCCCUCUCUUUCUUACAGAAGGAUGGAGGGCUUCAAUCUGCAGCUGCCGACAGUGCACCAGGUUCUAUGAGGAGCAAGGCGUUGACUUCCUGGUUGAUGUGGAGGACUCCAUCAAAUUCUACGAGGACGAGGCUAAGAAGAUUCGGCAGCAAAAGGAGGAAGAAGCUAACGCACAGGUUGAAGCUCAGUUUCAGAGCAUGGACCGGGUUGCCCAACUGGAAAUCAUUCAUGGCCUGAACACCUUCAAGUCUGAUUUUGCGAAGUUUCUGGAAAAGCAUGCAGGCACUGAUCAUGUGAUAACUGCACAAGAUGUUCAACAGUUUGCGGAGGAGCAGAAGGCAAAGCGCCCACGUCGUUUGUGACGCUGAAGUACAUGAAGUUUGUGACAUGUCUUGGCGUUGCUGCCUUCGUUGAUGUCCUGGUGGUCACCUUCAGUUCAGACCCAACGCAAUGUGUAGGAAUGCAUCAUGCAUGAAUGCUCAUGCAUGCAUCUGAGUCACAUCACUAGUGUACAGAAUGUUCAUUUGCUGAAUCGACGAAUGUUUAGAUGAGUUUGCUGAGACGUUUUCUCAAUCUUUAGAAGGCUUCUGAAUGUCGGUUGAAGAUUU